UGACUGUUCAUUUGUUUAUUUGCAUUGUAUGAAGGCAUGUCAUGGUGUUUUAGUUUCAAUUACUAGUACAUGUAGUAGUUUUCGUCGCGUAUUCAUUGCUGAACUGCUCCCGUGCGGAGUCUGGCUGCAAGAAAUGAGCACCACGAUCCUACCUAUCCUAUUGUUGGUGUCGUGCUUUCUAAAUGGACAUGGGUACGACGACGUGAAAUUCCUGACGCCUGACGAACUGACACAGUAUGUCGUCGACCAUCGCCUAGUGGCUGUAUUUGUUUACUCUGGCAGCUGUGACAAGCAAUGUGCAGAACACCGUCAGUUGGCAUCUGAGGCAUGGCUGCAAAGCACCGACUACAUUGAUGAUCUAGUCUUUGUGCAAAGUGACGUGAGCGUGCCAAGGACAGGACCUUGGUUUGAUGACAAGCAGCCGCUGCCAUCACUGCUCUUCUACCGUGAUGCACUGCCAAUAGUCUAUGCUGGUGAAUGGGGUGUUGACACCAUCAGCAUGUGGCUCUCUGACAGUCUAGAGUCUGCUGUACAGGAGCUGACCGAUGAGACAUUUGAGCAUGACACACAGGCAGCUACUGGUGCUACCACUGGUGACUGGAUGGUCCUCUUUAUGUCAAAUGACUAUGUAUCCUGCCCAUUGUGCUCAGCCAGACACACUUCACUACAUACUGCUGCAUCACGAUUGAGGAGUCGAUUUGUCUUUGGUGUUGUCAACUUAGACACCAGCCCCAAACUGAGGGAACGGUUUCGAACAGAGUCUGGUCCAGAGCUAUAUUUUUUCCGUAAAGGACAGAUGUAUCGCUUUACUGUUGACUCCCAGUCAACGCAGCCAGUUAGCAAACAAUUGGAAGCAUUCAUGAGUUCGGGUUUCGAGAAAGUGGAUGAGCGGAAAGUCACGCUUGAGCCUAUAUCUAAAGGUUCUGGAAUAUCGAUUGUGGAUCGACUAGUUCCAAUUUUGGGAAUACUAGCAGCUAUUGCAGUGCCAUUUUUCAUUGCUGGUGCAGUUCUGGAAAGAAUUGCGAAGCGACAGAAGAAAGCAGCAAAGGCGAAGUCCCGAGGUAGCGACAGCUCAUCAGUGAAAGACUCCGGCAGUUCGGCACGUCAGCGCAAAGUAUAGUACAGUCGAGGUGUUUACGUAGGAGUGGUCAAUUCUAAACUAAUGAAAUCAUGGAGUUGUGGAUUAGUGACCCAAUGCACUCAUUUCUGACAUAUUAUUGCUUAUUUACUUUUUAACAGUUCAGUCUCGCUUCAGAUUCUUCCACAGUAGUCUGUAUUAAAUGCCGUAUUAAAAGUGCAGAAGGUGUCUGUCCCAGCCACCAUUGCUAUCGCUAUUGCUAUGGUCCUGACUGCUGAGAACAUUGACAUCUUUUCUUUCUUCUAA